AUGAGAGAAUAUGAAGAACCUUUUUACCCUGCAUCCGAGUUGGGUGGUAUCGUGGGAGAUAAUUUACGCAAGCCAUUUGAUGUCAAGAAUGUGAUCGCACGCAUUGUGGAUGGAAGCCGAUUUGAAGAAUUCAAAGAACUUUACGGAACAACAUUAGUCACCGGAUUUGCUCAUAUCUAUGGUCAUCCCGUAGGAAUUGUUGCGAAUAAUGGAAUUCUAUUCUCAGAAUCAGCUCUAAAAGGAGCCCACUUUAUAGAACUCUGUUCACAAAGAGGAAUACCCCUUAUUUUUCUACAGAACAUUACAGGAUUCAUGGUAGGAUCAUCCGCCGAGGCGGGUGGAAUUGCCAAGAACGGUGCAAAAAUGAAUGCAAGGAUAUCUGUUAUGGGUGGAGAACAGGCGGCGAGCGUUUUGUCUCAGGUUAGGCAGGAUGCGAAAACGAAAAAGGGCGAGAUGUGGUCGGCACAAGAAGAGGAAGAUUUUAAAAUUAAAAUACGAGAAAGAUAUGAACUCGAAGGUCACCCUUAUUUUUCAUCGGCCCGUCUUUGGGAUGACGGUAUUAUAAACCCUGCUGAUUCACGCAAGGUUCUUGCUUUGACCCUGAGUGCAACGUUGAACGCUCCUAUUGAAAAAACGCAUUUCGGUGUAUUUAGAAUGUGA